AUGACUAAAUACAUUCCAUUGUCAUCCGUAAAUCCUAAGUUUGAAGAAAUUGCUAGAGGAAAAGAUCGGAUAAUCAUAUAUAAUAAGUCUGAUUUGGCUGAUCAUGCAUUUAAGAAAAAUGUCAAUCAGAAUAUACUGUUUACAAAUGCAAUUCGCAAUAAAAAUAUAAAAGCAAUCAUAGAUGCUGCUGCAAAUAAAGUAAGAGAAGAUCCUAUAAGAUAUCCAUAUGUUACUGUGAUGGUUGUUGGUAAAGCUGCGAAAACUGGAGCAUCGCCAGGCGUAACACGUAAUGUGUCCGCAACUUCAAUUAAAGUUCUUGAAGAUCCUUUAGUUUAUUUAAUUGAUACUCCAGAAAUUGUAGCUGAUUAUUUAUUAUGGAGAUUAAAUAAGUUUGGAAAUUUUAGUUAUGUUGAAAAUUAUAAAUUAAAAGGAAAUACAGAUGAUAUAAAUCAAUUAUUGCCAUCAAUAGCAAAACGUAUAGGUGCACUACACAAGCAGGGUGAAUAUGAUCUUAGACAUGCAGCAUCAUUUUUUAUUAAACAAUAUAGAGAUGGUAAAUUUGGUAACUAUACAUUGGAUGAUGUAGAAACUGAGGCUAUAAAUGAAUUUUUUAAUAAACAGAAAAAUCCCAAAGAAAUACCAUUGAGUAAAAAUCGGAUGAAAAAAUUAUCGUUGGAAAAAGCGAAAGAAAAAAAAUUAGAAAAAUGGAGGAAAAAAUCUUUUUUAAAUGGUGGAAAGAAAUGA